AUGGCUGCUUCUCGAGAAAUCGUUCUUAAAGAAGAUGAUAUUAUUGAAAUAGGAUAUUAUGGUAUACGUGUUUUUUCUUCUAUUAAAGAUUAUCAAAAAUUAGAUUCAAAUAAAAGUUUAGGUCAAUUAGUAUUUUUUCUUGGUUUAUGUUUAGUUGUAAUAUCAGGUGUUGAUUUAAGUAAAUUGUCAUGGACAUUAACUCAAACUGAAGAAUCUAUUUGGCCAAGUACUGGAAAAGGUAUAUGGAUUGGUUUCUUAGUAAUGGCUGUUGGUGUUUUUACAUUAAUUGCUGUUCGUGAACAAACCCAUUCCGCAUUUUAUAUUUUACUUCCAUAUACAAUAGUUGCAAUUAUACUUUGUUUCUUUGGUUUAUUAACAUCAAUUGCUGUUCUUCAACGUUAUACACAAGAUCCACAAUUAUCUCAAAAAGAAAAUCGAAAUAAACAAGAAGGAAUUCAAUUUGCUCUUGCUGCUUUAUUAAUUGGAUUAUUUGCACUUACUUUUCUAUUUUUAUCAUGUCUUUCAUGUAUGAUUUGUUGGACAAUACCUAAUUUUUGUACACGAUAUCAAGGUAGAAAUCCUCAACUAAUUCUACAAAAUCAACAACGUUUUCCGAUAGGGAUUCCUCUCGCAUCACCACGAACUCCUCGUCAACGAUUAAUUCGAAACCAUCGACGCCCUCGUUUUGCAUCAUAUUCACCACGUAGCGGAACUUCUACUGUAUAA